CUCAGGCACACACCAGUGGCGACAGGGGAGAGUUGGAAAGACGCAGGAGAGAAGCAGGAGGCAGCGGGGAGGGAGCCAUGGGAGCGGGAAGCCGGCAGGUUCCCUCGCAAAUCCCCCUCCGGCCCCACGUCGCCUCGCCGGCCCCGGCAGGGGAGCGAGGAGCCGAGCGAGCAGAUGGAGGAGUGGAGCUCGCUCUAGGCAGCGGGCUUGGCCGGAGAAUGGAGGAGCCGCCAAGCGAUCGGCUGAUUGGAAGAGAAGCGCCGAGCGAUGGAGGCGGGGGUAGGAGGACGAUUUCUCUGCGGGGACUGGCGGCGGCGUAUACGCCCGGGUCGGGCGCUGCAGAGCUUGGCUAGCUUUCAACCCGCGCUCGCCGGCUCCAGCCCCGCGCGCCCCCACCCCCAGCCCUCCCGGCGGCUCCGCAGGGUGAGGUGGCUUUGACCCCGGCCUGCCUGGCCAGCACGACCGAGGAGGUGGCUGGACGGCUGGAGAAUGAACGGAGAAGCCGACUGCCCCACAGACCUGGAAAUGGCCGCCCCCAAAGGCCAAGACCGCUGGUCCCAGGAAGACAUGCUAACUUUGCUAGAAUGCAUGAAGAACAACCUUCCAUCCAAUGACAGCUCCAAGUUCAAAACCACCGAGUCACAUAUGGACUGGGAAAAAGUAGCAUUUAAAGACUUUUCUGGAGACAUGUGCAAGCUCAAAUGGGUGGAGAUUUCUAACGAGGUGAGAAAGUUCCGUACGUUGACAGAAUUGAUCCUUGACGCUCAGGAACAUGUUAAAAAUCCUUACAAAGGCAAAAAACUCAAGAAACAUCCGGACUUCCCAAAGAAGCCCCUGACCCCUUAUUUCCGCUUCUUCAUGGAGAAGCGGGCCAAGUAUGCAAAACUCCACCCCGAGAUGAGCAACCUGGACCUGACCAAGAUCCUGUCCAAGAAAUAUAAGGAGCUGCCAGAGAAGAAGAAGAUGAAAUAUAUUCAGGACUUCCAGAGGGAGAAACAGGAGUUCGAGCGAAACCUCGCCCGAUUCAGGGAGGAUCACCCAGACCUAAUCCAGAAUGCCAAGAAGUCGGACAUCCCCGAGAAGCCCAAAACCCCCCAGCAGCUGUGGUACACCCACGAGAAGAAGGUGUAUCUCAAAGUGCGGCCAGAUGCCACUACGAAGGAGGUGAAGGACUCCCUGGGGAAGCAGUGGUCUCAGCUCUCGGACAAAAAGAGGCUGAAAUGGAUUCAUAAGGCCCUGGAGCAGCGGAAGGAGUACGAGGAAAUUAUGCGUGACUAUAUCCAGAAGCACCCCGAGCUCAACAUCAGUGAGGAGGGCAUCACCAAGUCCACCCUCACCAAGGCCGAACGCCAGCUCAAGGACAAGUUCGAUGGGCGACCCACCAAGCCACCUCCGAACAGCUACUCGCUGUACUGCGCAGAGCUGAUGGCCAACAUGAAGGACGUGCCCAGCACAGAGCGCAUGGUGCUAUGCAGCCAGCAGUGGAAGCUGCUCUCCCAGAAGGAGAAGGAUGCCUACCACAAGAAGUGCGACCAGAAAAAGAAAGACUACGAGGUGGAACUGCUCCGUUUUCUAGAGAGCCUGCCUGAGGAGGAGCAGCAGCGAGUCCUGGGGGAGGAGAAGAUGUUGAACAUCAGCAAGAAGCAGGCCACCAGCCCCGCCUCCAAGAAGCCCUCCCAGGAAGGGGGCAAGGGCGGCUCAGAGAAGCCCAAGAGGCCCGUGUCCGCCAUGUUCAUCUUCUCGGAAGAAAAGCGGCGGCAGCUGCAGGAGGAGCGGCCCGAGCUCUCGGAGAGCGAGCUGACCCGCCUGCUGGCCCGCAUGUGGAACGACCUGUCAGAGAAGAAAAAGGCCAAGUACAAGGCCCGGGAGGCGGCCCUGAAGGCCCAGUCAGAGAGGAAGCCCGGCAAGCUGCCCGAGUCGCCCAAGAGAGCCGAGGAGAUCUGGCAACAGAGCGUCAUCGGCGACUACCUGGCCCGCUUCAAGGAAAGGGAUUGUUCUGCCACCACCCAUGCAGACCCCCUCCAGCCCUUGGUGACCCCUCCCACAGCUGACACCCCUGUCUGUCCCCAGAACGACCGGGAGAAGGCCUUGAAAGCCAUGGAGAUGACUUGGAACAACAUGGAAAAGAAAGAGAAACUGAUGUGGAUUAAGAAGGCGGCUGAAGACCAGAAGCGAUAUGAGAGAGAGCUGAGUGAGAGGCGGGCACCCCCAGCUGCGGCCAACUCCUCCAAGAAGAUGAAGUUCCAGGGAGAACCCAAGAAGCCUCCCAUGAACGGUUACCAGAAGUUCUCCCAGGAGCUGCUGUCCAACGGGCAGCUGAACCACCUGCCACUGAAGGAGCGCAUGGUGGAGAUUGGCAGCCGCUGGCAGCGCAUCUCCCAGAGCCAGAAGGAGCACUACAAGAAGCAGGCUGAGGAGCAGCAGAAGCAGUACAAGGUGCACCUGGAUCUCUGGGUCAAGAGUCUGUCUCCCCAGGACCGUGCAGCAUAUAAAGAGUACAUCUCUAAUAAACGUAAGAGCAUGACCAAGCUGCGAGGCCCGAACCCCAAGUCCAGCCGGACUACCCUGCAGUCUAAGUCGGAGUCUGAGGAUGACGAUGAGGAGGAUGAAGAGGAGGAGGACGAGGAGGAGGAGGAGGAGGACGACGAGAAUGGGGACUCCUCGGAGGAUGGCGGGGACUCUUCCGAGUCCAGCAGCGAGGAUGAGAGCGAGGACGGGGACGAGAAUGAGGAGGACGAUGAGGACGAGGACGACGACGAGGACGACGACGAGGACGAGGACAACGAGUCCGAGGGCAGCAGCUCCAGCUCCUCCUCCUCGGGGGACUCCUCGGACUCUGACUCCAACUGAGGAUCAGUCCCGCCUGGGGGCUCCCCUCCCCGACUGACCGCCUUUGUUUCUCCCCCAUGUUCUGUCCCCUGCCCCUUGGCCUCCCCCCACUUUCUUUCUUUCUUUCUUUUUUCCUUUUUUUUCUUUUUUUUUUUUUUAACAAAAUACGGUGUGGGGGGAGGCACUGGAGGCGCCCAGGCCAGAACUCUGCGGCCUCAGAGACAUCCGCCCUGGGGGGCCCUCCAGGGAGCACAACCAUCAGACUGAGCCACCACUGGACCGGCCCAGCCCACCCCCACUCUGCACUUGUGGUUCCGGCAUGGACAAUGGACCUGGGAGUGGGAUGGGGGGGUCCCAAAGAGUUCAGUGAGGCCCCCUACACCUGCAGCCCAACCCAAGGGAGGGUGGAAGCUUGGGGAAGACGCCUUUCUUUCCAGAGGGGCUUGCAGCCUGGACCCCUACAUUGGAACUGGAGGCAGGGAACAUGGGAGAGGAGGGCGGGCGCCUAUGGGAAAAUAGGCGCUGCCCCAUAGCCCUCUCCCCUGCCCCCUGCGGGAAGGAGCUGCCUGGACCCACUCACGGAGGGGAGGGGGCAGAAGUGUUUUUUAUAUAUGUGUAUAUAUUUUUUUUUUUUAAGCUCUGAGCUGUCAACGAGACGUUUCCUACCGAUCUCGGCUGCCGUCUCUGUUGUCAUUUCUGGGAGAGGGAGGGUUUAGAGGGGUAGGUUUAGGACUUUUUUAAAAUGGUCUUGAUGCGUAUGGAAAAGUGUAUGUGUGUGCGUGUGUGUGUGUGUGUAUGUGUAUGUGUGCGUGCACACGCACGUGUGUGGCCUGUACAUAGCAUGGGUGCACCUGUGGAUGUGUGCAAAGGCACGUGUAUUUGUGCGUGUAAGAGAGAAAGGGAAGCCCACCUCAGUCUGUGAAGCUGGUAAAAGGGUUGGUGAGGGCUGGGGAGACACUGCUCCUGGUGGGGAUAGGCUGGGGUGGCCCCUUUCUCUAUAUCUUCUGCUUUGCCUGAUCUCUGAUUCAAUUUGGGGGGGUGUACUGAAGCCACUCUGAUGCUUCCUAUACUGGUUUCCCUCUGCCAGGGCCACUGGAGCUACUACUAGUGUCCAAUAUCCAGCAGGACAGUGGGGAGGGGAACAGACCGAGUGAACCUUAAAGCUUUGAUUUGGUGGGAAAGGCCUCUACAGCUCAUCUGAGGGGUCACCUAGCCACCCUAGGCUCUGAACCUGGGCUCCAAGAAAUGGGUUGGAAGCUCUUAAUUUACACAUCCCUCCUGCUUUCCCCACCCCUCCCUGCACAUAUCCCCCAGCUACUCCCCUCCCCCCCAUUUCCUUUGAUUUCUCAGGUCUGCUCCCUUCCCCAUCCCACCUCCCCAAACCCACAGCUGGGGAAGAGGUCUGCGAAAGCUGCUUUUGCAGCUGUCCUUCUAAACCUUCCCAGCCAUCUCCCAAAUUUUGUACCCUGAUUCCUAGGCUCUUAAUAAGCCAAGCCACCUUGUCUCUGUGGGUUUAAUUUUUUGUUUGUUUUUAAUUAAAUUUUGGCUUUUUUUUAUUUUUAAACAAUCAUGUCAGUGACCUAUUUAAUUGGGGCUUUGUGCUUUUCCACCUUCCCCUCUGAAAACCAAGGGAUGGGGAAGAAUGGGAACUCUGCCUAGGAGGUGGGGUGGGAAAGGUGGGUCCCACUCCCAGAGGAAGGCAGACAAUCUGCUUUGCCUUGGACAUGGUGCUGGGGUAGGGGGAGCUAGGGAGGGACACUCCCCACUCCCACUCCCCUUCCUUUGUCCUGAUUCUGGAAUUAGGUACAGGGGUUCAUAGGUUCUAUUUCUUCCCGAGCCCCUGCAAAGAACCCCAUUUCCCUGUUUGAGUGCCUCUGCGCUGUUGUGUUUUAGUGGAAUGUGUUUUCAUUUAAAAACAACUUUGAAUGGGGCACUUUUUUUUUUCCUGUUUUAAAAAUUGAAAAAUUCUUACAGUACGAACAAGGCGGUGGGGGUGGGGGUGUUAGUGCUGUAAGAGGUCACUCUGAGUGCAUUUUGGCACUGGGAUGGGAUGGCUGGGGCGGGAGGACCCCCACUCCCUCCCCCCUGUUUUUUUUCUAAUAUUUAAGAAGUGUUUUUGUAGGUUUCAACAACAACCACAACUUGAAUUUGUAUCAUGGGAGGUGGGAGGGAAUGGCUUAGAGGUGUCUGCCUAAGCUAAGGCCAAUUGUGGAAGUUUUGUUUUUCCUUUUUUUGUACAAUAAAGUAAAAAAGGUUUGA